UGUGUGUGUGUGAAAAAUGUGUUGAUGCGGAGACUGAACAGACACAUAUCCGAGAGGAGAAACGGGGUCAGCGGCGGAAAAAGAGGACACCUCCAAGACACAUCGUCGACUCUCGCCCCCUCCCCGGUGACUCCCAUGUCUCUCGUCGGGGUGGGUCUCACCCAAAAUAUCCGUCAUCCUACAAUGGGCUGUGGGAGCUCGGCUCAACUCGGAGAAUCCUCUUGCAGCUGUUUAGAGAGCCGAAGAUAGGACCAAAACAUCGGACCGAGUCAAUGACGGCGUCCUGCCCGCUUUUGUCCUGCGCUUCCCGGCCCGGUGUCUGGCAGUCUGCCGUGCACAGUGCGUAAAUGCGGAGAAGAGAAGACAGGCCUCCGAGGAACACUGUAAAUGUUGAAAUUCAAGUCUUUGUCAGACAUCGUGGUAGAGAAUCGAUUUCUUCAUAGUUCCGCCGAGCGGAUGGAGUGAAUUGUGCAAAGGGGAGAGAGACAGACCGCAGUUUGGUUGCGUGUGAUGAUAGGAGACACAAUGACGCUCUUGUCUCUUCUGGGUCGGAUUAUGCGUUAUUUUCUCCUCAGGCCGGAGACAUUGUUUCUGCUGUGCAUAAGCCUGGCGCUGUGGAGUUAUUUCUUCCACACGGACGAGGUGAAAACCAUCGUCAAGUCCAGCCGGGACGCCGUGAAGAUGGUAAAGGGGAAAGUGGCGGAGAUGAUGCAGAAUGACCGGCUGGGAGGCCUCAGUGUCCUGGAUGCAGAGUUCUCCAAAACCUGGGAGUUCAAGAACAACAACGUAGCCGUGUACUCCAUACAGGGGAGGCGAGAUCACAUGGAGGACCGCUUCGAGGUGCUCACCGACAUCACCAACAAGAGCCACCCGUCCAUAUUCGCAAUAUUUGAUGGUCACGGUGGAGAGGCUGCAGCUGACUAUGUGAAAGCCCACCUGCCAGAGUCCCUGAAGCAGCAGCUGCAGGCCUUUGAGAGAGAGAAGAGAGAGAGCUCUCUCUCCUACAGCAGCAUCCUCGAGCAGCGCAUCCUGAGUGUGGAUCGUGAGAUGCUGGACAAGCUCUCUGCCAACCACGAUGAAGCAGGAACGACAUGUCUGGUAGCGCUGCUGUCAGACAGAGAACUCACAGUGGCAAACGUUGGAGACUCUCGCGGUGUGUUGUGUGACAAAGAUGGGAACGCAGUUGCACUGUCACAUGACCACAAGCCAUACCAGCUCAAAGAGCGCAAGAGGAUCAAGAGGGCAGGUGGUUUCAUCAGUUUUAAUGGAUCCUGGAGGGUCCAGGGAAUCCUGGCGAUGUCCCGCUCUCUAGGGGACUACCCGCUUAAGAACCUCAAUGUAGUCAUCCCCGACCCCGAUAUCAUGACCUUUGACAUGGACAAGCUGCAGCCAGAGUUCAUGAUCCUGGCUUCAGAUGGCCUGUGGGAUGCUUUCAGCAACGAGGAGGCCGUUCGGUUCGUUCGCGAGCGUCUGGACGAGCCUCACUUCGGCGCCAAGAGCAUCGUCCUCCAGUCCUUCUACCGCGGCUGCCCCGACAACAUCACCGUCAUGGUGGUUAAGUUUAAAAGUGGAGCUGGUGGGAGCAGCAAGACGGGGGAGUAGGUCGGGUUUAGAGCUCACAUUGUGAUCAACGUUUUCAAUGAUUUUCCACAUCUUCUGGAUGGAGCAGCAAGUAUGGUAUUGAAAGAGGACCGGAGGAAGUUAAAUUUUGGACCCUGAGAACUUUACAAGUGCACACACAUACAGACAUAUGCACUCGUGCAAAAACACAUAAAGCGCACACUAAAGUUAGGUUUUGUUUGAAGUUUUCUGAUUGAGAUAAGGGCAUUUUAAACACAACACAGAUCCAUAACUAUCUGCCAACUUAAUAGUAAAUACAUCAAAAUACUGAAGUUCUCCAACAGUGGAGAUGCAUAUAUGCAGACAGAUCAAACAUGUCCCCUUAAAGUUACUUCUCCAAACAACCAAACUGCAUUUUCAAUUACAUUUCGUGGGAAAUGUAUUUUCUCCUGGAUUACGGUUGCAGCUUUAACAUGUAGGUAAAGUUGUACUUGUGAAUAGAAACUAAACAACUUGGUUUGGUUAAGGAAAAUAUCUUGGUUACUUAACUUAAUCCAGGUCAAUUCAAGUUUUCCCUCUAAACAUAAUGGAGAAUGCAGUUCCAUUGUAUAGGGGCGUAAUUUUCAGGAGACUGGGCUGGACAGACAUCAGAUGGGAUUUUCUCUUAACCAGCACACAUUAGACUGUGAUUGAUUUACUACUGUUUUCUGUACAUGCACGUGAUUGGUACAGUUCCACUGGAGGCUUCUUCAGAGGAGGCUUCAACUAGUGCCUAUCCAAAAUUUACUGUGCAACUACAGGAAGCUACUGAAAAUGUUUCUGCGAAAAACCUGCUUGCUGCAUUUUGAUGAUGCUCUCAAGUAAUGUAUGCAUCUGUUACAUGUUUGACCUGGAAAAUGUUAUCAAAUAUAAAAAGACCAAUGGAUCAACACCUUUAUUUUAACUUGAAGUGCUGCACCUAAAUCUAGCUUUUGAGUAUCAAACACUUGCAGUCUGUGUAUUAGCAGGACUCUGACCAAUCACUACUAUUGCCUUUUGGCUUGGAUUUCAAUAAACUUUGAGGUGCUUAUACACCCUUACAUUGGUAACUUUAUAGUGUUGUAUACUUAGGCAGAAUAAGCUAAGAUAGACCUGGUUGUCCCUGCGAGAAAUUGUAUUGAACAUCACAAUGUCUGCACUAUAAAUUUACAGGAAAACAGUUGAAAAGACAAUAUAUACAUUAAUAAUAAAUAAAGAAACACAUGAAUUGUGAGAUGGAAUAUGAAAGACAGACACAUGAGUAACUGGAAUAAUGAAAAGUUACUUUAAUAAGCCUUUAUAAAAAUGAUGUAAUUGCGUUUUAAAAUGUAAUAACCAUAUCAUAAUGUUAAGCUGAAAAAAAGAAUCAGAAUUAUUAACUGGUUAAUUUAUUUUAUCUUUUUAUUUUUUAUUUUAAAGGGAGUCUAAUGAUUAAGCUAAUCUGCUUUUGAUGUCUGCUUUUUCUUUAUUUAAACAAUUCAUCAAUUGUUUAUAAUUAUACAGAGACAAAAUAAAUCUCUGGAUUUAAAUGUAAACAACAUUAGGAAGGAAGCUGAAGCAAUGAAAGAGCUGAAGGUGGUUCAUCAGGACACUCUUUUCAUUCAAGGCCAAAACUGCAAAAUAACUUUUCCACUUUUCACGUCUGCGGAGGGUUAGUGAUACUCAGAAGAUAGAUUUUUGGUUGAGUGUUACUUUAACAUAUACAACACAUAUACACACAAACACACAGUCAUGUAAAAAUUGCACUUUUCAGAUGUUUAUUUUUUUUGGAAUGGUAAACUUACAUAUCAGCCAAUGUAAACACUGUAUAUCCUCAGUAAUACAAGAGGGUUUUAAUGUAUGUAGAGCCUGGUUUAGUUCCUGACAUUCACCUCUUGUUAUGGAGCUAAUGUAAACUGUUCCAGCAGAUUUGUUUUAUACCAUCUGUAUCAGGGCAUGUGCUUCGGCUUAUCCAUGUUCGUAAACAAAUUACAUACAGUAUGUCUCCAUGGACACUGGUGGCUGCCUUUGACCCCGGUAAGCACACGAAACAGGACACAUCCGCACGUCUGCUGUCAUGAGAAACUGGCUAACAGACGACACAUCAUGAACUGUACGGCUGGAAUACUUGUAGCUAGAAACAUGAGAUGCUCCCCAAGCAAUACAGCAACAACCUGUCAAGGAGGUUACAGUAAACCAUACUUGAUUUACUACUGUUUUACCACUGUGUUUCAUAAGCUCUCUGCAUCAGCUGAGAGAAGCCUUUUUUAUUUAAGUUUACCUAAUGCCUUAUUUAUUGUUGACCUUUUGGGUGUUUCUGGCGGAUUGCCAAAUCAGUAUACUGUAUUCUGUUCUUUUUUUGUCCUUCUGUACAUGAGCAGAAGUUUACAAUAAAUGACCCAUUUCACUUUAAUUUGAGAAGCAGUCCAUGAUUCACACAUGUUGGCUGAAAAAAAAGAAAACGGUGUAAAAGAAACUGUAUGUAAACUAUCAGUAUUAAACUGUUUCAUCUUGAAUGUA